AUGUUGUGUUUGUUUUAUAAAAGAUGUGAUUAUAUUUUUCAGGGAGACUAUGUUUGGUUGGAACCAGACACCCGCGGUGAAUUCACUGUCUCUAUUGGAGCUAAAGUACAGUUCUCAGAGUCAGGACGUGUUAAAGUUGUUGAUGAUGAUGGAAGGGAACACUGGAUUGAAGGAAAGAAACAGAUUAAACACAUGCACCCGUCAUCUGUUGAUGGAAUGGAAGACAUGAUUGGUCUUGGUGAUUUAAAUGAAGCAGGAAUAUUAAGGAAUUUAUUUAUUAGAUAUAUGGACAACCAUAUUUAUACCUACACAGGAUCUAUUUUAGUAGCAGUGAACCCAUACGAAGUUUUACCUAUUUAUAAUGCAGAACAGAUCACGUUAUAUAGAGAUAAAAAGAUAGGAGAGUUACCUCCCCAUAUUUUUGCUAUUGCUGAUAAUUCAUACCAUAAUAUGAAACGUUAUCAACAUGAUCAGUGUGUUAUUAUCAGUGGUGAAUCUGGGGCUGGUAAAACAGAAUCCACUAAAUUAAUUCUCCAGUUUCUAGCUGCUAUCAGUGGACAACAUUCUUGGAUUGAACAACAGAUUCUAGAGGCCAACCCCAUUAUGGAAGCUUUUGGAAAUGCAAAAACAAUACGAAAUGAUAAUUCUAGUCGAUUUGGUAAAUAUAUUGAUAUCCAUUUCACGGAUAAGGGUGUGAUAGAGGGCGCCAAAAUAGAACAAUAUUUACUGGAGAAAUCUCGAAUUGUGAGUCAAGCCAAGGAUGAGAGGAACUAUCACAUAUUUUACUGUAUGUUGGCUGGAAUGAACAAAGAAGAUAAAAAUAAAUUAGAAAUAUCAGAUGCUAAAGAAUACAAUUAUUUAAUACAGGGUAGGAGUAUAACUUGUGAAGGACGAGAUGAUGCUAAAGAAUUUGCUGAUAUCAGAUCAGCUAUGAAAGUUUUGAUGUUUAAAGAUGAUGAAAUGAUGGAAAUUAUGAAAAUUCUUGCCACUUUGUUACAUAUUGGUAAUGUUAAAUAUAAUGCUAUUGAGUUAGAUCAUAUAGAAGCUACAGAAAUUCAAGAUGUAGCCCACAUCAACAGUGCUGCUAGGUUGCUACAGGUGGAUGCCCAAUCUUUGAUAGAUUCUCUGACAACUAAAACCAGAUUAACAGGAGGAGAAACUGUAACAUCAACUAUGGGAUUAGCUGCUUCAUUAGAUGUUAGAGAUGCUUUUGUUAAAGGUAUAUAUGGUAGAAUGUUUGUGUGGAUUGUAGAAAAGAUAAAUGCAGCUAUUUAUAAACCAAUGGAACGUAAUAACCACUAUAGAAAAUCUAUAGGUGUUCUUGAUAUCUUUGGUUUUGAAAAUUUUGAAAAAAACAGUUUUGAACAGUUGUGUAUUAAUUAUGCCAAUGAAAAUUUACAGCAGUUUUUUGUCCGACAUAUUUUCAAAUUAGAACAGCAAGAGUAUAAUAUAGAAGGUAUUAACUGGCAACAUAUAGAGUUUGUAGAUAACCAAGAUGCUUUAGAUAUGAUAGCUGUUAAACCCAUGAAUAUCAUGGCUCUGGUAGAUGAAGAGAGUAAAUUUCCUAAGGGUACAGAUACGACCAUGUUAAACAAACUACAUCAGCAUCAUUCAGACAAUCCUAACUAUCUUAAACCUAAAUCAUCACAUACCAUGUCAUUUGGUUUAAAUCAUUUUGCUGGUGUUGUAUUCUAUGACUCUAAACGUUUUCUGGAGAAGAAUCGAGAUACAUUUAGCUCUGAUUUAAUACAUCUUAUAAACACAUCUAAAAGUAAAUUUAUUAAUACAUUAUUUGAUGAUGAUGUCAUGAUGGGAUCUGAUACGAGAAAGAAAGCUCCGACAUUAGCUGCCCAGUUUAAACGAUCAUUAGAUUCUCUGAUGAAAACUCUGAGUAAUUGUCAGCCAUUCUUUGUACGAUGUAUUAAACCUAAUGAAUUGAAAAAACCUAAGAUAUUUGAUCGUGAGUUAUGUUGUAAACAGUUACGUUAUUCUGGUAUGAUGGAGACUAUCAGAAUUCGACGUGCUGGCUAUCCCAUCAGACAUCAUUUCUCUGAGUUUGUUGAUAGAUAUAGGUUACUGUGUAAAGGUGUAGGACCAUCUCAUAAAGAAGAUUGUCAGAAAGCCUCUCUAUCAAUCUGUCAAGCUGUAUUAAAAGAUUCAGAUUAUCAGCUUGGUAAAACUAAAGUCUUUUUGAAGGAUUCCCAAGAUGCAUAUUUAGAACAACAGAGAGAGUUAAUGUUAACAAAGAAAAUAUUAAUUAUACAAAAAACUGUUCGUACUUGGCAUUGUCGUCGUAGAUUCUUGAAAAUGCGUAAGGUUAUUAUAACCAUACAGUCAGCAUGGAGAUCAUUUGCUGAACGACGUAGAUUUGUCAAGAUGAGACAAGGUUAUCUAAGAUUACAAGCAUUGUGUCGUUCCCGUAUAUUAUCAGCUAGAUAUAAUGUUUUACGUGGUAUCAUUAUCAACUUCCAGAAAUAUGCCAGAGGACAUCUUGUAAGACAAUGGGUACAGAAACGAAUGGUAGCUGUUGUUAAAAUACAAUCUUCAGUGAGAACAUUAAUAGCAACUAAAAAAUAUACCAGGAUGAAGAUAGAGUAUAAAAAACGUAUGGAAGCAGAAAGAAUUAGACAGGAAGAAGAAAAGAAUUUCAGAAAGAAAAUGAACACAAAAGCAGCAAAAGAGGAGGCUGAGAAAAAUCUUAAGGACCGACUAGCUAAGUUAGAACAGGACGUGAUAGAAGAAGAACAGCGAGAAAGACGAGAAGCUCAGUUUAAAAAUCAACAGAUACAGGAAGCUGAAAGGAAUAGAAAUGAAGAUGUUGAUGAAAACAAAGUUAUAUCUGAAUUGUUUGAUUUUGUUGGAAAUACGACUGAGAGUGUUAAUAAUGUUAAUGCUGGAAUGAAAACUAAUGCUCUCAAUGUAAAUGCGCACAGACCUAGAAUAGCUGUUGAAGGUAUGAUUAUGGAUACAGAAGAUGAUAUAGAAGAUAUCAGAGAAUAUAAGUUUGGAAAGUUUGCUGCCACAUAUUUCCAGGCUAACUCCUCCCACUAUUUCAGUCGUAAAGCUUUACGUCAACCAUUACUACCACUUCGUAAUGAAGGAGAUCAAUUGGCUGCUUUAGCUGUAUGGAUUGUUAUUCUGAGGUUUAUGGGUGAUCUUCAAGAACCCAAAUAUCACACUUCAAUGGCUGAAAAUACUAGGGAUAACACACCUGUCAUGUCAAAAAUUUACUCAACCCUAGGACGUAAAUUUAAUAAAAAAGAUUUAGAAGAAGCCAUGAGAAUGGGAGAAGAGAUGGUUUUGAAAAAAUCUACUCGUAAGAAGAUUGUAUCAUUGACAUUAAAAAAGAAAUCAAAAUUAACAGAAGAAGUAACAAAGAAACUACAAGAUUAUGACACUACUGGCAGUGGAAAUGCUUUGUUAGAAGAUCGACCAAUGUCGAAUUUAGAAAAACUACAUUUUAUCAUUGGUCAUGGUAUUUUACGACCUGAUUUAAGAGAUGAAAUUUAUUGUCAGAUUUGUAAACAGUUAACCCAAAAUCCCAAUAAAACAUCCCAUGCUAGAGGCUGGAUUUUACUCUGUUUAUGUGUGGGCUGUUUCCCACCUUCAGAAAAGUUAGUAAAUUAUUUAAGAAAUUUUAUCCAAGAUGGUCCACCAGGCUAUGCACCAUAUUGUGAAGAAAGGUUGAAAAGAACAUUUAAAAAUGGACCAAGAAAUCAACCACCAAGUUGGCUUGAGUUACAGGCAACAAAAUCUAAAAAACCAUUGAUGUUACCUAUAACAUUUAUGGAUGGUAAUACUAAAACAUUAUUGUCCGAUAGUGCUACCACAGCUAGAGAACUAUGUCUUCAACUCUCUGAAAAAAUAGAACUUAAAGAUCAGUUUGGUUUCUCAUUAUAUAUAGCUCUCUUUGACAAGGUAUCAUCUUUAGGUAGUGGAGGUGAUCAUGUUAUGGAUGCUAUAUCACAAUGUGAACAGUAUGCUAAAGAACAGGGAGCUCAGGAACGUAAUGCACCAUGGAGGUUGUUCUUUAGGAAAGAAAUAUUUGCUCCUUGGCAUGACCCUAGUGAAGAUUAUGUGGCAACUAAUCUUAUCUACCAACAAGUUGUACGUGGUAUUAAAUUUGGAGAAUAUCGCUGUGAUAAGGAUGAAGAUUUAGCUAUGAUAGCAGCACAACAAUAUUUUGUGGAGUAUGGAAGUGGCUUUUCUCCUGAUCGACUACAAUCUUUACUGAAUUCCUAUAUACCAGAUUCAUAUUUAGCUAAACCCAAUUCAGUACAGAUGUGGAAACAAUCCAUUUUGAAUAAACUACGCAGUCCGUACUUUUCAAAUGAACGAAUCAAGGCAUUGAAAGUGAAAGAGGACAUUGUCAGUUAUGCUAAAUAUAAGUGGCCAUUGUUGUUUUCACGAUUUUAUGAAGCUUAUAAAUUUGCUGGACCAAGUUUACCGAAGAAUGAUGUAAUAAUAGCAGUAAAUUGGACAGGGGUUUAUGUAGUUGAUGAUCAAGAACAAGUGUUGUUAGAGUUAUCUUUCCCUGAAAUUAAUGCAGUUUCCAGUAGUCGAACUGGUAAAAUGCAUGGUCAGAGUUUUACACUAGCUACUGUAAAAGGAGAUGAAUAUACUUUCACCUCACCCAAUGCUGAGGACAUCAGAGAUUUGGUUGAUACAUUUUUAGAUGGAUUGAAAAAACGAUCAAAAUAUGUAAUAGCAAUACAAGAUUAUUCUCAACCAGGUGAAUUCCUGACUAUACAGAAAGGUGAUUUAAUCGUGUUAAACCAGAAUGGUGAGACAGUGAUGAAUUCUGGUUGGUGUUAUGGUGAAAAUCUUCAAUCUGGUAAAAGUGGUGACUUCCCUGCUGAAUGUGUCUAUGUUUUACCCACUAUCACCAAACCUCCUACUGAGAUUGUGAAUUUGUUUUCCCAGUCAGCAGACAAUGCUAAUCGUUUACUCUCUCAACCACAAGUUGAUACUCCUCAGAUGAUGAAUGGAGAAAGUCCUCAUACUCUAGAAGCAUAUUCUUAUGAUCACUUUAGAGCUCCACCAAAAAGAACAUUAAGUAAAACAUUGACAGCUCCAAAGAAAAGAAGAUCAGAUGAAUUAUGGAGAUAUUCGAAGGAGCCAUUGAAACAACCAUUGUUAAAGAAAUUAAUUAUACAACUGAUUUUAUUUACUUGGAUUAUAAUUUUUACUCUCCUUAACUCUAUCUUACCUAUAUUGAAAUAUAUGGGUGAUCAUCCCUCUAGAAGAGCAAAUCGUGUAGCCAACGAACUUACAGAUCAAAUCUUCGAACCUGCUCUCAGAAUAGAAAUAUUACGAGAUGAAAUUUUCUGUCAAAUCAUGAAACAGUUAACAGACAACAAAAAUAGAGUAAGUGAAGAGAGGGGUUGGGAAUUAAUGUGGUUGGCUGCUGGUUGUUUUAAUCCUAGUGCUAAUCUACUAAAAGAAUUAACAAAGUUUUUAUCAACCAGACACAACCCUAUAGUUAAUGACUGUAUGAUGAGACUACAGAAAUCACUCAGAAAUGGUCCAAGAAAAUAUCCUCCCCACCAAGUAGAAGUAGAGGCUAUUCAACAUAAAACAACUCAGAUUUUACAUAAAGUAUAUUUCCCUGAUGAUAGUGAUGAGGCAUUUGAAGUAGAGUCAAGUACACGAGCUAAAGAUUUCUGUCAGAAUAUCUCUACUAAAUUAGGGUUACGUUCACCAGAAGGCUUUAGUUUAUUUGUUAAAAUUGCUGAUAAAGUUAUCAGUGUACCAGAAGGAGAUUUUUUCUUUGAUUUUGUUCGUCAUUUAACAGACUGGAUCCGAAAAGCUCGACCAGCUCGAGAAGGUGCUACUCCUCAAUUUACAUAUCAAGUAUUCUUUAUGAAGAAAUUAUGGACCAAUACAGUACCAGGAAAAGAUGUUAAUGCUGAUACUAUAUUCCACUUUCACCAGGAAAUGCCUAAAUUAUUACGUGGUUAUCAUAAAUGUACUCGAGAAGACGCAGCCCAGUUAGCAGCACUGAUAUAUCGAGUUAAACAUGGUGAUAAUAAACAACUUCUAACUUCUAUACCACGUAUGUUGCGUGAACUACUACCAGCUGAUUUGGUUAAAGCAUGUUCACCUGAUGAUUGGAAGAGGGCAAUUGUGUCUCAUUUUAAUCGGGAUGCUGGUAAAACUGUUCAAGAAGCUAAAGUAGAUUUCCUUAAAGUUUUAUAUAAAUGGCCAACGUUUGGUUCAGCCUUCUUUGAAGUAAAACAAACAACUGAACCAAACUAUCCUGAUGUGUUAUUAAUAGCUAUAAAUAAACAUGGUGUCAAUCUUAUCCAUCCUCAAACUAAGGAUAUCCUUGCCACCCACCCGUUUACUAAAAUAUCAAACUGGAGUAGUGGUAAUACAUAUUUCCAUAUGACAAUUGGUAAUUUAGUAAGGGGUAGUAAAUUACUAUGUGAAACAUCCUUGGGCUAUAAAAUGGAUGAUUUAUUGACAUCUUAUAUAAGUUUAAUGUUGGUAAACAUGAAUAAACAACGUCGACCCUAA